GCCUGCGCACGGAGCGCCCCGCGGGCUGCGUAGUUACUUUUGAACCGGGUGGCGGGGAAUAGCUGUAGGAGCUGAGCCGUGAGGGCGCCGUGUGCCGUGAGGUUGACAGGGUUCUCCGUUAGACCCAGUGAUGGCACAGCAGCUCGCCCGGGAGCAAGGCAUCACCCUGCGCGGGAGCGCGGAAAUCGUAGCCGAAUUUUUUUCGUUUGGCAUCAACAGCAUUUUGUACCAGCGUGGCAUAUAUCCAUCGGAAACCUUUACUCGAGUGCAGAAAUACGGACUCACCUUGCUUGUAACUACUGACCCCGAACUCAUAAAGUAUCUCAAUAAUGUAGUGGAGCAGCUAAAAGACUGGCUCUACAAGUGCUCAGUGCAGAAACUGGUGGUGGUCAUCUCAAACAUUGAAAGUGGUGAGGUCCUCGAAAGAUGGCAGUUUGAUAUUGAGUGUGACAAAACUGCGAAAGAGGAGGGUGUUUGUAGAGAAAAGUCACAGAAAGCCAUCCAGGAUGAAAUCCGUUCAGUGAUCAGGCAGAUCACAGCUACUGUGACUUUCCUGCCACUGUUGGAAGUUUCUUGUUCAUUUGAUCUGCUGAUUUACACUGACAAAGAUUUGGUGGUACCUGAAAAAUGGGAGGAGUCGGGACCCCAGUUCAUUACCAAUUCUGAAGAAGUCCGUCUCCGCUCGUUUACUACCACCAUCCACAAAGUGAACAGUAUGGUGGCCUACAAAGUCCCUGUCAAUGACUGAAGAGAGGUGAAGAAAGCCAGGAUCCAACUUCGAUAAAUGUGCUUCGUUGUUCCAUUUCUUGGGUUCCUCCUGGACUUGCCAGAGUCAACAUAACAAGAUUGCUACACAUUAGUGAGGGGAACCAACAGAUUUCGUCAGCAUUGUGGAGUGGAUUCCUUUAAAAGUGGUCACUGUAGAUAGAAAUUCUUUUGUUAGAAAGCUAAAUACAUCCUUUAACCAUUUAGCUUGGGAAUCUUGACCAGGAUAUAGAGAAGCAUCUGAAUGUAAAUACAGCAGAAGGAACUGAAACUUUGUUUAGUUCUGAGAGUCACGAAUACUGCCUUACUGGGUCCAUUUGUCUUUUCUCUUUGUAUAGACCCCAUAUUGAAAUACAUGCUAGUUGUUUGAUUUUAGUGUAUAUACCUUGAACUCGCCAAGCAAUUGAUACUGUUUAAUUUUUGUAAUAAAGAACUCUUGUUUUAAUGUUUUAUAAAAAUCAAGCUUUAAAUGGCAGUGAUACAGAAAAUUAAGUUAACUCUUGUGUUUUAAAUUUGUGUUAGAGUAUCUUUGAUGAAUGGUGUGGUAUUAAUAUAAUCAGAUACUGCAGUGGA